UACUAUUGUUUAUUGUGUCAAGUGUCAUCUCGAGAUUGAAGUAUUUCAAAUCAAAAUUUCAGUGAAAAUGGCAAAUCCUCUAGAUGAGAAUUUCUUCUACAACAGCAUGCUGGCAAAGGCACUGGUCCAGCUGCUUCCUCCUAAUGAACGUAAAAUGAUGCAGACCUGGUUCAACAAAUUAUUGGAGAUGAACAAAAGUAUGGCUGAUAAAGAAAUUAGAAACGAAUACAUGUGGUUUAUUCUUCUGAUGCUGCAGUGCCAGAAAGUUCGAGAACCUUUCAAUUCGAUGCCUCCACCAGAUAUUGGUGCACUGAGAGAUAUUGUUUCUUCGAAAGUAUAUGAAGAAGUACUGGUAGCAAAUGAUGACAAUAUGCCAUUAUUUGACAAAGCUGGAGAUGAAAAGAAAGUGCAGUUUGGAAAUUAUGCUCCAGCCCAAUUCUUCAGCAACCAGCCUAUACCAAAUGAAGGAAUAAUUUGUUACAUUUCCGCAUUCAGUGACAGAGGAUUGUAACCAAUGUGUAGAAGGAAACACUGCUAGUUACGACGUAUAUUAUAUUAGGUUCAACUUACUGAUCGAAACUCUGGUUCUUAUAUGACUAUUAAACGAAUAAAACAUGAUUUUUCUUCA